CCCGCUCUAGCGACGCGCGCCUGGUUGCUAGGGGCGGCGGCGCGGGAGUCCGUGGCAGCUGCAGAUGUUAGCUUCUCGUGCUUGCGGGCCUCGGUGCCAGCCCGCCGAUCUCCUCGGUGCAAAACACAUGCUUAGACAGAGGGGAGAUUAAACUGAGCGUCCUCUUGUUAACUACAGAGAUUAGGAAGGCUGUUUCCAGAGGCUGAGUGAACUACACAGAUCAUCAAAUACAGCAGCUCACCAAGAAGAUACUGUUGUUUCGGGGGGAACACGCUUCCCAGCGACUGCGAGGGAUGCCGCUGCCCAGAUGCCAACUGAAGCCACCAGCUCUUCCUCAGGUUUUCCGUAGACUCUGGGCUGUGAUGGGGAAACUGCAGAGCAAACUCAGACACAGCACUUACAAGUACAGCAGGCCUGACGGACGUAUAGAAGAGGGAGUCCAGACUAAAGCAUCCCAGGAGUACAGCCCUGCUCACGUGGAUUCUGUCUCUGUGGUUGCCACUCUGAGCUCAGACCUGUGUGUCUCUGGAGGAAAAGACAAGACUGCUGUGGCCUAUAAUUGGAAAACUGGACACGUGGUGAAAAGGUUCAGAGGGCAUGAGCGGGAAAUCACUAAGAUAGCCUGUAUUCCCAAAUCAAACCAGUUUUUCAGCGCCUCUCGAGACAAGAGCGUCCUGAUGUGGGACCUGCAGGGCUCCUCCCAGCCCAGGCAGGAGCUGUCUGGCCAUGCCAUGGUGGUCACUGGCUUGGCUGUGAGUCCAGACUCAUCACAGCUGUGCACCGGCUCUCGCGACAACAGCCUGCUUCUGUGGGAUGUGGGGACUGGACAGUGUGUGCAGAGAGCGUCUGUCUCCAGGAACCUGGUCACUCACCUGUGCUGGGUCCCCAGAGAGCCAUAUGUACUCCAGUCCUCUGAGGAUAAGACCAUCAGAUUGUGGGAUAGUCGGGGGCUUCAGGUGGCUCAUGUGUUUCCCACAAAGCAGCACAUCCAGACCCACUGUGACGUCAGCGUGGAUGGACACACAUGUAUCUCUUGCAGCAGCGGCUUUGGGGGUGAAGGCUGUGAAGCCACGUUGUGGGACCUAAGGCAGACAAGAGACAGAAUGUGUGAGUAUAAGGGGCACUUCCAGACAGUUGCAUCCUGUGUCUUUCUACCCAAAUCCAUGGCCUUGGUGCCUAUGAUUGCUACCUCAGCUCAUGACUCCACAGUGAAGAUUUGGAACCAAGACACUGGAGCCUGCCUUUUCACCUUGUCUCUGGAUGGAUCGGGACCCUUGACCUCCCUGGCUGUUGGUGACAUCACCUCCUUGUUGUGUGCGAGUUUCUACAGAGGAGUUCACUUACUCAGAGUGGACUGCAGCCGAGAGCUGGAGCUGCAGGAAGUGGCAGCCUUCUGAGGCCAAGACACUGACUAGACAAUAUCAGACCAUAGCCCCUCCUUUCUCUGUGGCUUUGUGUUUUUCCACAUGAUCUUGGGGAGUGGGGUGCAAGUCUGGUGUUCUUUUCUUAGGGUCACUUAGAAGGCAUAUCCGGGUUAGAUGUUGGUUUAAGUCCAGUGAUUACAAAGUCAGGGUGUGGCCCAGACUGGUCUUGAACUCAUAGCAACCUUCUUGCCUCAGUCUCCUGACUGUUGGCAUUAAAGGUGUGAGACUGCACUCAAUAUAAAGUUCUUAAUCUCAAGGAAAUCCAAAUGGAAUUUUUAUCCAAAUGUGAGGUUUUGGGACUACUCUUCAAAUGAAAUGUACUUAUUGGUCAAGAUGAUGGCUGGGGCCUAAGAGUGGCAAGCCUCUGUGAGCACGAAAACGCAGGCUGGAGUCUCCAUGAAGGACAAUGUUUCGAGACAAAUCAAGUUGGUAAUAGUGUUGUUCCAUAGAGGAAGUGGAUGGCAGACAGUGAGAUUAAACUCAGUCACCUCAAAGCCACUUAGGGUAAGAGAGCAACGGCGUCUAACUCCCUGGGCCCGUGCUGCCCAGGGGCACGCAAACAAGAACAAGGACACUGCCCCAAUUACAGGGAUUAUUAAGCCUGCCCCAUGUUCCAAAAGGCAGAGGGGAUGGGAGACUAAGGCUAAGAAAUAUGCAUCUGUAAUUUGGGUAUUUUUAUUUAUAUAAGAAACACUGUACACCUCCAUCUUCCCUACCUCCCACCCCUGGGAACGGCCAGAGGCAAAGGAGUCAUCCCUGAAACAGAGCAUGGAACAGGGAGAGAUGGACUCAGCUGAGUCCAGCAACCGUGCACCCUUGAGUGAGGAGGGUCCAGGCCACUGUGCAGCUCCCACAAAACAACAGAAGUCCGUUUUGCUUUGGAUGAGUCCUAGAAUAAGGCACCCGAGGCCUGGCCAGAGAAUGCCCACCUGUGUCACUGUGGAUCAUGCCUGUCCAUGGUUCAGAGCUGGCUGCCAUUUCCUCUCCCCCCUCCUGUUGUCCCCAGUGUCAGGGGGUUCCUCACAUGUAAUAAGGUACUCAGGACCUUCACAGGACCUGAGGGCAAGCUGCAAGGGAGUCACGCAGUCUUGUCUAGACUGAAUGCUCCUUCACAAUAAACAUUUGCCUUCCCUCA